GCCUCUGAAUACCUCAAAAAGAUAUCAAGAAAAAUAUGGGUUCAGGAAAAACUAGGGAUAAUCCGAUUAACCGUUCAUCGGUGAGACACCCAAGUCAUAAUCAUCCGUUACGGGUCUUCAAAUCCCAAGAAGAAGAUCAGAUAAUUUGCUCCGGAUGCGAACAUGAGCUAAUUGGGCAAGCUUUCAAGUGCACAAAGUCAGAGUGCGAUUACUUCUUGCACAAAUCAUGUUUCGACCUUCGCUGUGAGACUCAACACAAGUCUCACCCGAAUCACCCUUUGGCGCUGCUCUAUUCUCCACCGAAUGGUCUAUCUACUUACACGUGUGAUGCAUGCGGUGAGUACGGAUCUGCUUUCACUUACCAUUGCUCGGAGUGCAAGUACCAUAUUCACGUGGGAUGUGCGUUUGUUCCCGAGAACGUGGAGCGUGACGAUCACGAACAUCCACUCACUCUACUUUACAAUACACCUUGCAAAGGUCGUGAAGACGGUAUGAUGUUCAUAUGUGAUGUUUGCGAAGAAGAUAUGUCGGAGAAUCUUUGGGUGUAUUAUUGCAAAGAAUGUGACUAUGGGACGCAUGUAUAUUCAUGCGCGGCAUAUGAAGAUAUUNAAGAUCAGAUAAUUUGCUCCGGAUGCGAACAUGAGCUAAUUGGGCAAGCUUUCAAGUGCACAAAGUCAGAGUGCGAUUACUUCUUGCACAAAUCAUGUUUCGACCUUCGCUGUGAGACUCAACACAAGUCUCACCCGAAUCACCCUUUGGCGCUGCUCUAUUCUCCACCGAAUGGUCUAUCUACUUACACGUGUGAUGCAUGCGGUGAGUACGGAUCUGCUUUCACUUACCAUUGCUCGGAGUGCAAGUACCAUAUUCACGUGGGAUGUGCGUUUGUUCCCGAGAACGUGGAGCGUGACGAUCACGAACAUCCACUCACUCUACUUUACAAUACACCUUGCAAAGGUCGUGAAGACGGUAUGAUGUUCAUAUGUGAUGUUUGCGAAGAAGAUAUGUCGGAGAAUCUUUGGGUGUAUUAUUGCAAAGAAUGUGACUAUGGGACGCAUGUAUAUUCAUGCGCGGCAUAUGAAGAUAUUGAAGCAAAAGAAGAAGGAGAAUCAAGCUCAUCGACUUCACAUAUAAAGUCAUUGAUGGAGGCUGAGAAAGAGAUGAGAGAGAUGGCGAUAAUACAUCAACUACAGUUAGAUGCUAUUGACGCAGCAGGUAGCUAUGUUGGUUCAUGGGAACCAAGAAGAAAAUAUUAUUGGUGAAUGAUGAAUGUUGGUGUGAGAACGAUAACGAUCAACUAUACAACCACAAAACUUUGUUUUAAUUUCUCUCUUGUGUGAAUUUUGUUUACGAAAUAAAACCAAACAUAUGUGUUAUGAUAUUUGUAAGGUUUGCAAUAUAUAUAUUUUUCAUGUGGCUUGUUGUAAUGUACUUUGUUACGAAAUAAAGUAGUUACAGACUGUAUUUGGAGAAAUACUAAUA